ACCUUUUUUUGUAUCUUUAAUCAUGCUCCUGGUUUCUGAGCUUGUGCCGAUCACAAGGCAAUAUCCUGCUUUCCUGAAGUACUCAGAAUGUCGGGGGGAUAAAAUACACUCGCUAGACUGCUCUUUCACUGGGAUCACAGCUCUUCCAAGCUACUCAGUCCUGUGGUCACCCAAGAUGGAGGGUUUAAAUCCUGAAACUUUCAUCCGCUCCAUGAAGCACAUAAAUCUAAGCAACAAUGCCAUCUCAGAAUUGCAUUUAGGCAUUUUCUACAAUUGUUCAGAGCUGGAAAUAUUACAUUUCAAUGACAAUCAUAUAAUCAGUGUUUUGUUCGACAUAAUUCUUACUAAGAAUUCAGAGGAGUUCCUGCGGUCUUUAAAAACACUAUCAGUUGAGCGAAACCAGUUAAGCGCAGUUCCAAAAGGGUUUGGAAAGCUAAAUUCUCUACAGACUCUUAGCCUGGCGGGCAACAGAAUUUCACAGAUUCAGCAGGAUGAUUUCGCCAACUGCACUAAACUGAAGAGAAUUGACUUGGGGAGCAAUGCAGUCUAUAAGAUACACCCCAAUGCAUUCAGUGAUGUCACGGAACUCCAGGUUCUUAAACUCAGCAGCAAUGCGCUGGUCACCAUUACACCCAUGGCUUUCCUUUAUAUCCAUAUGCUUCAAGCUGAAAUUGAUUUAUCAAACAAUCCUUGGGCUUGUGACUGUGGAAUCAUUUUCUUGGAAAGAUUAAGUUUGUUAUUGCCCAAAGACCUGAUAAAGCAGUGGAACCUUGCGUGCAGCACCCCUCCCGCCAGGACACUGCUGCACCUACUUACUACAGAUGAUUCCCAUUCUACCUGUGACUUAUUAAUAGAUGAUUCAGUAUUUAUCAAGGGGAUUAUCCUCCCAGCAGGAGAAACAGCCAUUCUUCAUUGUAACCUCCCAGGAACCUUGGGUAGAGAGAGAACAUUUUGGUGGACCCCACAAGGUAUAGUGUCUGAAGAACACCAUGAUCCCCGUUAUUCUAUGAACAAAGAGAAGAACUUGUUACUUCACUCUCCAGAGAAUUCUGAAGAAGGACUAUAUGUUUGCUUUUUUAACAAUGUCCAGAGAGGAGCUGUGUACCAGGUAUAUGUGCAGCAAGAUGUUCCACAUGUUCUUAGAAGGAGCCCCAGAUACAUAGAAUCGAGAAACACACGAAUGAGAACAGAGGGAGAUUUUGCUCUAGCAGUCACACUGUCCGUGAUCAUCACUUUCCUUUGUUCAUUUUGCCUGGGUGUCUUUCUGCGACCUUUCUUUGAAAAACUGUGGAGGAAACAUUGCAAUAAGAAAAACAACAAAGAUCAACCCUCAGAUGUUGUUUAUGAGAACACAGGCUACACAGAAGAAAGCAAUGUUUCAAAUACCAAUGGAAAUGAUGGAAAGGACUAUAUACCUCGGCAAAAUGAAAUUCCUUUGGGACAGGAUAUACUAGUUCACAAGGAAGGCACUUGUGCAGAUGAAAUUACUGUGCUAAUAAAACCUCUCUGCUAUCCAGUGUUUGUUGUGGCAAAUGAUGAGUUUACAAGGCCUAUGAUAGUAAAGAGUAAAAAGAGUAAACAUCUCUUUCCAAAAGAUACUUCAAAAAUUUCCCAGCAUCCAACACAGGUAAAGGAAGGUAUGACAGACACUGAACACCAUACUAACAAAGAAGACUUAAGCACGUAUAAAGAUGAAAUAAAUGGACAACCACCUGCUCAAGAUAGUAAUCGUGUAAAUGCCCCUCACCGUCACAAGGAGAAGAUUUAUGCCCCCUCCUCCGAUAGUGAACUUAGUAUAUCAGAUGAUGGCUCAUUAUUUAGUUUUAGCCGUUCCAAUUCAUUAUCAGAGGGUUCAGAAACACUAGAAGUGCACAGCGAUACUAAAGACAGUCAGCUUAAAUUAUCCAAAGACUCACUGCAUGAAUACUGCAGAUCUGAUGAUUCUGAUGAGGGUGAAACAGAUGAUCAAGUCCAGUAUUUUCCAUUUGUCCGCUUCUAUGACAAAAGGGAUAUAGGCAAAAAACUGACUUUCUAUUAUUGCGAAACAUCAGCUAAAAAUGCAGGCGAUGCUAAUGAUGGACCUAUAUUACCUACAAUGGAUGGUAAUAGUUUAAACAAUACCGACAUUCUGGAGUGGUUGAAAACUACUUCAGAAGAAGACAUGACAACAUAUGAAUCUGAUCAUUCUGAUUAUGAAACUAACCUACAGUCAAGCAAACAAUGGCAGCACUGGUCUGGUAAGCCUAGUUAUGUUCAUGAUGCUGAAGAUCUCCUUUCAUCUCCUGCCUUACAAUCUACGUGUAUAACAAAUGCUGAGCCAGUAAUCUGCUUUCAUGACAAACUUGACAUUGGGAAAAAACUGACUUUCUUUUAUCAUGAUUCAUCAACUGAAAGCACAGAGGAUGCUAUUGAUGGGACUGUAGUGCCUGCUGUUGAUGGUGAUUCAAACAAAGAUGACUCCAUAAAACAAUGGCUGGAUAAUAUUACAGGAAAAAUUGGUGAGUUACAGCUGCCUUUAACUAUAGUUGGACCUAGUCGUCAUAAUGAAGAAUCUUCCAUAUUAGAGGAAGACAAUUUUUCUUUCAGCUCAUCGUCAGGGCAAAGUGAAAAUAUCUGUACCAUUAAACAAGGUUUGCAGGACUAUGGAACUGAUGAUUCUGACACAGAAAUGCACUUACAGUCAAAUAAUGGGCAGGACUGGUCUGACAAUCAGAAUCUGCUGCAUGCUAGUCUUGGUCAGAAUAUACCCCAAGAUGAUAUAAGAACCACUCUUAAUGAACAUCUUUUCUAUCCAUCUUCAUGGCAACCAACAAAGAAUGACGAAAACAGUUAUGGAACUGUGCUCUUUUAUGACAAACUGGACAUUGGGAAAAAACUGAAAUUUGCUAUCCAUGAAACAUUAUUUGGAAGUGCAGUGGCUGAUAUGGAUAGACCAAUGGUAUUUCCAGAAAGUGGUGUUGAUUUAUAUAAAGCUGGCGAUACAGCUUCAUGGACGGAAAUGAAUGUGGAUGAAGAUGUUAGAGGUGAAUCUCAGCUCCCCUUUUUCACAUCUGGUCAUUUUAGAAAUGAUUCCGAAUGCUCCACUUCAAGUGAAGACCAGUUUUCUUACCCUUCAUCACCAGAGCCCUAUGACAGUACAGAUACAAUUAAACAACAAGACUUGCAGGACUAUGGAACUGAUGAUUCUAAUGAACAUAUGCACUUAGAGUCAAAUAAUGAUGGGCAGGAUUGGUCUGACAAUAUAUUCCAAGAUGAUAAAACAACCACUCUUAAUGGCCAACUUUUCUAUCCAUCUUCCUCGCAACCAACAAAGAACGAUGAAAACAAUUAUGAAACAGUUUGCUUUUAUGACAAAUGGGACAUUGGGAAGAAACUAAAAUUUGUAAUUCAUGAAACAUUAUUUGAAAGUACAGUGGAUGUUAUGGAUAGAUUAAUGAUAUUUCCAAUAAGUGGUGUUGAUUUAAAUAAAGCUGGAGAUACAGAUUCAUGGCUGGAAAUGUCUGUGGAUGAAGAUGUUACAAAUCAAGGUACAGUGGAUCUUAUGGAUAAACCAAUGGUAUUUCCAUUAAUUGGCACUAAUUUAAAUAAACCUGGAGACACAGAUUCAUGGGUGGAAAUGUCUGUGGAUGAAGAUUUUACAAAACGUGCAGUGGAUGUUAUGGAUCACCUAAUAGUGUUUCCAGAAAGUGGCGUUGAUUUAAAUAAAGCUGGAGAUACAGAUUCAUGGGUGGAAAUGAAUGUGGAUGAAGACGUUAGAGGUGAAUCUCAGCUCCCCCUUGUCACAUCUGGUCAUGGUAAUUAUUUUACAAAUGAUGUUGAAUCCUCUACUUCAAGUGGAGACCAGUUUUCUUACCCUUCAUCUCCAGAGCACUAUGAUUAUGCACUGACAGACUACGAGAACAACAAAGAUAUAGUUGUCUGUUUCUCUGAUAAAAUGGAGAUUGGGAAAAAGUUGAGUUUCUUUUAUGAAAAUAAACCGAUCCAUCAUAUAGAAGAUAUUAAUUUACCUCUAGUCUUGCAACCCAGUUAUACAAUUCAUGAUGAUCAAAAUAUAGAUGAAAUACUGGUCUGCUUUUCUGACAAAAUGGAAAUUGGGAAAAACCUAAACUUCACCUAUGAAAUGAAACCAACAAUGAAAGAACUACAUCCUCCACCCAUUUUACAACCUAUCAAUACACUGUAUGAGAAUAAAAACAAAGAUGAUACAGUUGUUCGAUUUUCUGACAAAAUGGAAAUUGGAAAGAAACUGACACUCUUUUAUAAAAAUGAACCAGCAAUUCCUAAAAAAGAUUUUAUUUUGCCCCCUGUCUUAAAAUCAGAUUAUAUACAAGAUAACAAAGAUAACAAGGAUAAUAUACUUGUCUGCUUUUCUGACAAAAUGUAUAUUGGAAAAAAAUUAACAUUCUUUUAUGAAGAUAAGACAGUGCUACCUAAUGAAAAUUACACUCCAAUCCCUGUUUUAAAAGAAGAUUAUACACAGAAGGACUACAAAAACAAGGAUGAAAUAGUUGUCCGCUUCUCUGAUAAAAUGGAGAUUGGGAAAAAGUUGAGUUUCUUUUAUGAGAAUAAACCGACCCAUCAUAUAGAAGAACUUGAUUUACCACUAGUCUUGCAACCUAAUUAUACAAAUUAUGAUGAUCAAAAUAUAGAUGAUAUAUUGGUCAGUUUUUCUGACAAAAUGGAAAUUGGGAAAAAGCUGAAUUUCAUCUAUGAGAGUAAACCAACUCUUACAAUGAAAGAACUACAUCCUCCACUCAUUUUGCAACCUAUUUAUACACUGAGUGAGAAGGAAAGCAAUGGUGAUACAUUGGUCCGUUUUUCUGACAAAAUACAUAUUGGAAAAAAACUAACAUUCUUUUAUGAAGAGAAGACAGAGUUGCCUAAUCCAGAUUUUAUUUCAGUACCCAUUUUAAAAGCAGAUUAUACACCGGACCACAAAAAUAAGGAUGAAAUAGUUGUCCGCUUCUCUGAUAAAAUGGAGAUUGGGAAAAAGUUGAGUUUCUUUUAUGAGAAUAAACCGACCCAUCAUAUAGAAGAACUUGAUUUACCACUAGUCUUGCAACCCAAUUAUACAAAUUAUGAUGAUCAAAAUAUAGAUGAUAUAUUGGUCAGUUUUUCUGACAAAAUGGAGAUUGGGAAAAAAUUGAAUUUCAUCUAUGAGAGUAAACCAACUCUUACAAUGAAAGAACUACAUCCUCCACUGAUUUUGCAACCUAUUUAUACACCGAGUGAGAAGGAAAGCAAUGGUGAUACAGUUGUCUGCUUUUCUGACAAAAUGCACAUUGGAAAAAAAUUUACAUUGUUUUACAAAAAUAAACCUCCUAUUCCCAAGAAGGAUUUUAUUUUGCUGCCUGCCUUGCGAUUAGAUUAUAUACAGGAUAAGAAUAAGGAUAAUACAUUUGUCCGUUUUUCUGACAAAAUACAUAUUGGAAAAAAACUAACAUUCUUUUAUGAAGAGAAGACAGAGUUGCCUAAUCCAGAUUUAAUUUCAAUACCUAUUUUAAAAGCAGAUGUAAAUACACCGGACCACAAAAAUAAGGAUGAUAUAGUUGUCCGCUUCUCUGAUAAAAUGGAGAUUGGGAAAAAGUUGAAUUUCAUCUAUAAGAGUAAACCAACUCUUACAAUGAAAGAACUUAAUCCUCCACCUAUUUAUACACAUUAUAAAAAGGAAAGCAAUGGUGAUACAGUCGUCCGCUUUUUUGACAAAAUGGAUAUUGGAAGAAAAUUAAGGUUCUGUUAUGAAAAUAAACCAACUAUUCCUAUUGUAGAUUUUAUUUCACAGCCUGUCUUGAAAGAUUAUACCCUGAAUAUCUCUGAGAAUGGAGAUGAUACAGUAGUCCGCUUUUCUGAUAAACUGCACAUUGGAAAAAAACUAAUAUUCUUUUAUAAAGAUAAGACAGUGCCACCUACUCCAGAUUUCAUUUCAAUACCCAUUUUAAAAGUAGAUUAUGCACAGAAAGACUACAAGAACAAGGAUGAUAUAGUUGUCCGCUUCUCUGAUAAAAUGGAGAUUGGGAAAAAAUUUAGUUUCUUUUAUGAGAAUAAACCAACUCAUGAUACAGAAGAACUUGAUUUACCACUAGUCUUGCAACCCAGUUAUACAGUUUGUGAUGAUCAAAAUAUAGAUGAUGUACUGGUCUGCUUUUCUGACAAAAUGGAAAUUGGGAAGAACUUGAAAUUUUUUUAUAAAAAUAAACCAGCUAUUCCUAUCAAAGAUUUUAUUCCGCUGCCUGUCUUGCAAUCAGAUUAUAUACAGGAUGACAAUGAAAACAAGGAUAAUACACUUGUCCGCUUUUCUGACAAAGUGCACAUUGGGAAAAAAUUUACAUUCUUUUAUAAAGAUAAGACAGUGCUACCUUAUCCAGAUUUUAUUUCAAUCCCUGUUUCAAAAGCAGAUGAUGCACAGAAGGACUACAAGGGCAAGGAUGAUAUAGUUAUCCGCUUCUCUGACAAAAUGAACAUUGGAAAAAGAUUCAAAUUAUGUUAUGAAAAUAAACCGGCUAUUCCUAAAACUGAUUUUGUUUCACUGCCUGCCUAUAAAUCAGAAUAUACAUUGGAUGACUCCAGACAAACAGUAUAUGAAAUACCUGAUAUCGGUGAGACAAACACUGAUGACCUAAUAGAUUUCGAGACAGAAAGAAGCCAGUUAAUUAACUCUCCUCCAAAAACUGUAAUGCUAGACAAUUCGGGACAAUAUUUUACAAAAAGAAAAAGAGUUUUUGAUGGCUUUACUGCUUCUUAUGUUUGAACAAUAUUGU